AUGUAUGACAAUAGUAAAGAAGAAUUCUGCUUUCCGGGCAACCUAAAGAACGAUGUAUACCACAAGACAGAAAUUGAUAAUAAUACCCCCCAUGUAUGGCGCUCAACCAAACUGUCAUCCGAUAAGAUGGAAGCCUUAAAAAAAGCUCUGAACUGUUAUUCGCAAUGUUGUCCUGAUGAAGUUUGUGAAAAGGGCAGAAAUCUUUUGGAGAGCCUGAGGAAAAACAUUCAGCUCUAUAAAGUGGUUGAUUGUAAUGAACGGCAGAUUUUGGAAUAUCUACUGGAACAUUGUGAAAACUGUACUGAAUAUUAUUGUAUUGCUCCUGGAUGUAAUCUGACUGACAAGUCUGUGGAUUCAAUUGCAGAACUAAUUGAUCGUAUCAAUAAUAAGAAUUGUCUGGAACUCAAAUAUUCCCCAAGCGCCAAGUUUUACAGUUUUUCCAGCAACUGUUGUGUGAAGUGCCCACAGGAUGUCAGUGAAACAACAAUGUAUUCAUUCACCUCCCCGAAUUCUAUAAGUAUCUAUCAAAACAACAAUAAAUGGGCCAAAAUAACUGUGUUUGAUGAAAUAAUGGAGGGCACCUUACCAUUGCUGAAAAAAGUUGGACAUUUAAGCAACCACAUGAAUAUUCUUCCAAUUGAUUGGUUAAUUUAUGAUCAGUGUAUCUCCUAUAGUACAGACCAUUAUGCAGAACCACUUAAAUAUAAGCUGUCAUUUAAUGGUAUCAGCAAAAGGCAAAUUAUUUUACAGUUAAUAGAUGCUGCCUUGUACCUCAAUGUCAAUAGGAUUGCUUUCCUGGCAUGGACAACUGAAAACAUCUGCUUCCGGAAUGGAACUGCAAGGUUGACUAACUUCCACAUGGGUUCUGCGUUAUUCGAUGAGUUUGAUACCGGACUCAUCAAAAGCCUUUUAUAUCCGACAGUUGUUCCACCAGAGCUUAACUCCAAAAAUGUAACGCUUCACAAGGCUGAUGUAUGGGGUGUUAGCUGCUUGUUAUUUGAGCUUAUCACUCAUGAGGUUGUGCACUCUCACUUGCAACACAUUGAAAGAGAAUUGGUAUGGAGACUGCUGGAUGAAAAUGGCUGGAUACCGAAAUAUUCAUUUGAUGAUCGUCGACUUGAGAGUAUUUUUCAGAAAGGAUGGAAGUCAUUUCAUCUUCUUUUUUCGUAUUUUUCAUCAUCAUUCCUUCUUCUUUUCGUCAUCUUUUUUCUUCUUCUUUUUGUCGUCGUCUUCUUCUUCUUUUCUUCUUCUUCUUUUCUUCUUAUUUUUGUCGUCGUCUUUUUCUUCUUCUUCUUCUUUUCUUCUUAUUUUUGUCGUCUUUUUCUUCUUCUUCUUUUCUUCUUAUUUUUGUCGUCGUCUUUUUCUUCUUCUUUUCUUCUUCUUUUCUUCUUCUUCUUUUCUUCUUAUUUUUGUCGUCUUUUUUUUUCUUCUUCUUCUUCUUUUUUUCUUCUUUUCUUUUCUUCUUCUUUUCUUCUUCUUCUUUAUUUCUUAUUUUUUUUUCGUUUCUUCUUCUUCUUCUUUUCUUCUUCUUUUUCUUCUUCUUCUUUUCUUCUUUUCUUCUUCUUUUCUUUUUCUUCUUUUCUUCUUCUUUUCUUAUUUUUGUCGUCGUCUUUGCUUCUUCUUCUUUUCCUCUUUUCUUUUUUUCUUCUUCUUCUUCUUUUCUUCUUAUUUUCAACGUCGUCGUCUUUUAGGGAGAAUUCUUCUUUUAUUUUCAUUUUUCUUUAUUUCAUUCUUUCAUUCUUCUUCUUCUUCUUCUUCUUCUUCUUCUUCUUCUUCUUCUUCUUUACCGUUUCCAUUCUGGAAUUUGCUUAA